AUGGAUAAACAAAUGAUUUUCAGUUUUCAAACUCAAAAACCUAAAAUAAGAGAGUAGGUUAAAAGACUAGAAUAUUUUCAAUAAGAAUUGUCGUAAAUCUAAGAUCUCUCGAGGCAAAAUAGAUCCAAAAGUUCGACAGAAAUGCAUAGCAUGACUACAGCUGAUAGUAGACAGUAUUAAGGGUAUUAUGAGGAGGUUUCUGCCUUUGCGUUACCAAAAAAGGAUAUAUUCAGCCAAUCUUUGAAUAAAAUCUAAAUAAAUAAACUAAACAAAGAAAUAUAAACAGAAAUUCUACCCAAACCAAAAUUAGAGAUCUUGUAAGAAAAUGUUAUGCAAUUGCAAUUUCAAAAGGAGGAGAUCUUCAAUUAAAUUAAAACUAUAAAAAAAGAGAAUGGAUUGCUAAUUACUUAAAAUAAAUCAUAUGAAAUUGAAAUCAAUGCAUAGAAGAAUAAAAUAAAUGAACUGAUAAACGAACAAAAUGAAAAAGAAUAGUUUUACCAAUAAACUAUGUAAUAGUAGAAUUGGCAAAUCAUUCAAUUAACCAAUGAAUUACAAUAGUUAUACAACAAGCAAUAGUAACUAAACAAUUUUGAAGUAAGCAAUCCAUUGUAGAUACUCUUGACUUAGUUUUCAUCAGUGGAAUAGGAAAAUAUACUGCUAGCAAUUAAAGAGGCAAUUAAAAUUAAUAAAAAUGAAAGACUCUAAGUAAUUUAAGAUUGGAUGCAUAUUGAAGACAUAAGGGAAGAAAUCAUAUAACUAAAGAGACAUCAUAAUAUUAAAUUGAAAGAAGUAAACAUUUGAAUGAAUAUGAUUUAGUUAAUGGAGCAAAUAAAAAUCCUAUAAAAUGAUUAAAUAAUUGAACCUGAGUUGCUGUCUACUUAAGAUUCGUUGUAACUAGUCUCAAACAUCCUUUAUAGAGCCAUAAAAAGUAAUGAAAUGCUAAAAUUAAUUAAAUAAAAUUCAAGAAUGUACAAUUUGAUUGAAGAUUUAUGGAGUAAGUUGAAAUCUCGAUUGGAACAUUCAAACUUUUCAUAAUAACAUAUCAGAACAUCAUCUUUAAAUAAAGUUGAUUUAAAUUCAACUAACAAAAAGUUUUCGUGCAGAAAACUAUGA